CAAUGGACAAUUUAAUCUACAAAAAAGAUGCAGCGUCUGCACAGUCAUCGGCUUAGAUUACUGUGCGGCGCGUAGCACCGGAUCUCCGAAGAAAGAAGGGAAAAAAUAUUUUUAAUGAUAUUCGCAUUAUAUCAAGGACAUUAUCGAUUUCAAUGAUAAUGAAGCGAUUGAUGUUACUGGGUUUUUUAAUCAUCGUAGUAUCAUGCCACGAGCCGUUUCAAGUAAUCUUUGAAUGGAAGUCGAUUGAUUUCCAAUGGCCAUCGGACGAAGAACGGCAAUAUGCUGUAAUGCGUGGCGAUUACAUACCAGCAAAUAAUUUCAUUACUACGGUGAAAUUUUGGAAGGAUAAAAUGUAUCUGACAUUACCGCGAUGGAAAGACGGCGUGCCGGUGACGCUAGGCAUGACUUCGACAAAACCGAUUAACGGCAUUACAGCGCCUAAAUUGGAGGCCUUCCCCACCUGGGAUAUGCAGAAACUGGGUGACUGCACGGCAUUUCAACUGGUCCACGGCAUGGAAAUCGAUCUUAAAGGUCGCAUAUGGAUACUUGACACAGGUCGACCCACAUCUCUCAGAGAAUCCAAAGCCGACUGCUCGCCGCGACUUGUCAUUUUUGAUCUCGAAAACAAUAAUAAGAUCGUUCGUACUUAUCAGUUCCCCGAACAUGUAGUUCGCUGCAAAACUGCGUACCUUAAUGACAUUGUUCUCGAUCACGAGGAUGGCGGUAUGGCAUAUAUUACCGAUACUGAUAUUACCGAUCCCGGCAUCAUUGUGUUCUCUUUAAGAGACAACAAUUCUUGGAAGAUCCGACACGAUUCUAUGAAAGCAAAAUCGGAGGCGGUUGGAUUCAUGGUAGCAAAGACGCAUGUAAUCAAUCCAGUGCAUGUGGAUGGCAUAGCGCUUUCACCGGCAAGCAGUCGCAACAGGUAA